AUGCGCAAGUGCAGGGCGCUGGCCGAGCGCAACCUGAUGAGGUGUGGCACCCCGCCCGGGUUUGACGAGUCGACCGCGCAGGUCAUCUUGCUGCAGGAGUUCGAGGCGCACGCGGAGGCUCGGCUAGGUGCCGUGCUGCUGCGGUCCUCGCGCUGCCAGAUCGUGGCGCUCCUGGAGCUGAGUAUGCUCAUCAUCUUCGCCCUGGUUCCCCGGCUCUACCUCAUGCAGUCCCUUCUGCGCGUCUUCCUGCAUGUUAUGAAGAUCGUGCUCUACCUCGUGCUGGCCCUGCUGCACGUCCAGUUGGUGGCGCCGGGAGAUGCGCUCCCCAGCGCCGCCCAGAUGGCCGAUCGGCAGGCGAAGGACGAGACCCAUCCUGUCGUUCGCCUUGCGGACGCCGAGUUCGUUGCGGCGACCGCGCAGCAGGCAGCCCAUCCCGCGUGCCAGCCGCUCCUGGUCGUCCUGUUGGCGCACGCCGACGUGCCCUCAGCGCUCGGCCACGUUCUCGUCUGGCCUGCAGCCGCCGCCGCGUUGGCCAUCUCCCCGUGCGGCCUGCCGGCGUGCAAUUUUGAGGCUCCUGGCGUCAAGAGGUUCGCGCGGCGCGAAGCGCAGCAGAGGCAUGUCGCAGACGCGGAGCGCUGCGUCGUGUUCUUCCCAGGAGACAUCUCCAACUUCGCGGCCGGGUACAGCUACUCCUUGGAGGGGCUGCUGUGGGUCCUGUGUUGCAAGUUUCCCCGGGAGACCGUCGUGCUGGUGCGCCCACGCAUGAUGAUCGACCACUUCGCCGCCUACGUGAAUUUCUUCUUGGUCGACAGCAUUGGCAAUCCGCGUCCCCUCUCGGACCUUGCGCCAUCGAAGGGUGCCGAAGACGGCGAGGGAGGCGGCGCGGAGCCCGGCGGCGGUGGGCUGCAGCCGCCCCGGGCCGCGGAGCACCUGGGCCUGCUGCUGGCCUCGCUGGAGGGGCAGCUGGGCCACCCGCUGCCCCCACGCCUGGCCCUGGUCGGCUUCAGCAAGGGGUGCGCGGCCGUGCACUUCGUGGACCCCGGGCUCACUGUGCCUGGCGUCUUCCCCGUCGACGCUGACGAUCUGCGCGAGGCACGGGGGCACGCAGCGGCCCCCAUGCAGCAGCUCGGUGGCGUAUUGGGGCUCGUCUACGGACCCCAGCCGACCGCGCAGCUCGAUGCGCCGCAGAAGGAUCGACGGGUGCCGAUAGACAACACCGAUACUUCGCUCGACCAGAGGGUGGAGAAAGAGGCGCAUGUGGUCGCGCAGAUGACCCCAGAGUUUCUGCGGGCAGGCAUGGACGCCGUUGCUGCCUGCAUCCAGCCCUGGGACGACCGGCGGUUUAGAAGAGUGAAGCAGUUGCAGGAAGCGAAGCGAAAUCACGGCUGCGUGGAGCUCAUGCGCGAAGGUGGCACCUUCGUGGCCGUGAAGAAGAUGCCGACGAGGUGGAUCCGUGGCUCGCCCGACGAAUUUGAAUCGAGGUACCCAGACGCAACGGAGAGGCCCUGGUUCGACGUGGGCCUCGUCAGACGCCUGAACGAGAUUGGAUACGCGUACUCCGUCAAGCUUCUAGGCGUGUUCGCGGACCACGAGAGCACCUACGUGGUCAGCUCACUGGCGUCGGAGGGAGACCUCUUCGCCUGGUGCGACUGCGACCCGAAGCCCGGCUUGAAAAGGGAGGCAGCAAUGUACCCUCUAGUGCACCAGAUCUUCGCGGCGGUGAGGUGGCUACACGACUUGGGCGUUGCCCAUCGAGACCUGUCUCUGGAGAAUCUGUUGCUCCACAAUGAGAAUUGCGGCCUGACGAUCAAGAUAAUAGAUUUCGGGAUGGCCACGCUGGACAGGUCGGCGACGGCGGAGAUCAGGGGGAAGCAGUCGUACCAGGCCCCAGAGAUCCACCUGCCAGAGCCCUUCGACACCAUGAUGACAGACCCGUUCUCCCUUGGUGUGGUGCUGUUCGCGAUGGGUUCGCAGGACUACCCGUGGAGCGCAACCAAGCGGAAGACAUGCGAGCUCUUCGAGUAUGUCUGCAUGUUCGGUUUCACGAAAUUUCUCAGCAAGCGCAGGCUGCGCAAGGGCGGCGGCGAGAGUUUGGCCGAGGUAUUCUCCCCAAGUUUCACGGCGCUGCUGGUGGGCCUCCUGGCCAAGUGUUUUGAGACACCCGAGAAUGGCAGCGAACGGCGGAGUAGCGUCUGGGACUGCAAGUGGAUGCAACAGCCUUUGGUCACAACGACGGAGGGUGAAGCGUGUACUGCAUGUGCAGCGUAUUGUACCUGA